GAACUCUGGUGAAUGUACCAAGAACAAAUAAAACCCUCCACUCUUUAUUUUUUUUUCAUCUAUUCAUUGUAAGGACAUAACUAGCACAGAAUGUAAUUGUGUAAAGGAUGUAAUUUAAAUGAAGAAUGUGUUUACUAUAAGACUCUAGAAAUGAAGAUUACCUGCUACAUUUUCAUUUGUAUUGUUUUUAUCUUUACUAAGGUUAGACUUUCAGAGGCCUACACUAACUGCCUCAAACCCGAUGCUGGGAAAGCAGCUUAUGGAUCAUCAUGUAGUGACAGUUCUCAAUGUCUGACGGAAUACUGCUUCAAUAGUACAUGUUCCUGUCCUGACAAUUCUUUCUUGGACUCAAAAAGUGGACUUUGUGCUCAAAAAAGUGGAGAUAUACAGGCCAAGAAUGGUGACUGUGGAUACAUUAUUAGCACAAACAUCCCCUUUAUCUCUCUAGUCCAAUGGAACAUUAAUGGAGAAUAUGGAACAUACGUCACUCUAGUUAUACUUGAAGUCAACAUGGAUCCUUCAUGGUGUAGCUACAGUUAUUUAGAGGUAUAUGAAGGCUCUUUAUCACUAAGGUCUUCAAUUUGUGCUUUAAAUGACUCCACUGCCAAAUAUCAAGCUUCUAAAUCUAACAGUCUUACUGUCAAGUACAGAGGUACCACUGAAGGCUAUAAAGGCUUUAGAGCUGUCUACUACAUUAGAAAUUACGCAGCAGUAUUGACAGAACCAACUGGCUAUAUAUCAAGCCCUGGUUAUCCUGUGUCUUAUGAUAUAUAUUCACAGUACUCUUGGCUUAUAACAGCUAAACCAGGACAAAUAAUCACGCUGAGCUCUGACGGUUUCAUUUAUAAUGAUGAUUACGUAAAAGUAUACAACGGACAAAAUGAAUAUUCAAGUCAGUUGCGGAAUUUUACAAGCCAAUGGUCAAAUCAAUCUGUCACGUCUACAAGUAAUUCUGUGUUCGUGAAAUUUACUACAUCUUACGUAUGGACAUAUACAGGUUUUAGUGCAUCCUAUCAAGUAUACGUUCUCUAUGGAAACUUCUGUGGCCUUUCUGACAAGUGUGCACAAGGAAUGACGUGCAUCGGUGGUAUCUGUACCUGCUCGGAUCAAUCUUAUUAUGAUCAAACAAGAAAAACCUGCCAAAAUAGAGUUCCGUAUGGUUCAGUUUGUAACUAUCAAGACAUCUGUGCCAAGAGCUUAAGUUGUUCUGGAUUGUAUUGUAGCUGUAAUAGUGUUCGGUAUUAUGAUCAACUUUCAAUGACAUGCAUCAAUAGAUUGAAUUAUGGCUACCCCUGCAGCAGUAAUGACUGGUGUGUUGCAGGUCUAAGUUGUGAGGGUGGCUCAUGUGGUUGUGCAUCCAGCCAGUACUACGACGCCAUGUCUGCCUCCUGCUACUCUAGGUUCCCCCACGGUUAUUUGUGUUCAUUACCCGAACAGUGUGCUCAAGGUUUUAUAUGUGUGGAUUACGUAUGUCGUUGUUCCAGCAGCCAAUACUAUGACAGUGCAAAUCUCCGUUGCAGAAGUGGAAUCCUGUACGGUCAGAACUGCUCCGAUCAAGUCAGCUGUGUACAAGACUUAUCCUGUUACUCUGGUGUGUGCGACUGUCCACAAAAUAAAUUCUACGACACGAGUAGCCAAACCUGCCAAUACAAAAGAACAUACGGUAUGAUCUGCUACAGCUCUGACCAGUGUGCGCAGGACCUGGUUUGUGACGGAAAUGUCUGCAGAUGCUCAAAAGACUAUUAUUAUGAUUACAGCUCUCAAACGUGCAAAAACAGUGUUGACUAUGGAGACAGCUGUAACUCUACAGACCAGUGUUCUCCAGGUUUAGUUUGUUGGCUGGACAUCUGCCAGUGUUCUCAAUCCAGUUACUACAAUACAUCGUCACGUUCAUGUCACGCGCAACUCUCCCAUACUGACUCUUGUGAAACUUCUGAACAAUGCUUAUCUCCCCUGCUGUGUGUCCCAGAUAUCUCGAGUAUAUCUAGAUGUCUUUGCCCUAGUGAGACGUAUUUCUACUAUUAUAACUGUAUAAAUGAGUCUCUACUAGCAACAAUGGCUAUCGAUGAACUGGCCAAAUCCAACUCUGUACAUCUUACAUGGACAUUAAACUACUCGCUGCCCAAUGUUUCAUUCAUUGUUACCUGCCGUGAAGUUUCUCAAAACUUUCAAAGACAGUUCCGCAAUUCGGAGAUUUCUGAAAUCUACAUUGAUGGCCUAUUGCCCGGAACUCAAUACAAUGUUAUCAUUACAAUUCUUUUACCAUCUGACAACUAUUACCAGAGCAGAUCUGUGGAUGAGUCCUUGAUUUUAAAUACAAGACAAAUCUAUGGCCGCGUCUGUGAUGACCAAGUCCAGUGCGAUGAAAGAAUGAAGUGUGACCGGGGAGUGUGUGUCUGCGCCAAUGAUUACUAUUUCAGCGCUUGGACAAAACUAUGUGAAAAAAGACUAACUAAAGGCUAUGAAUGUAACAUAACAGAUGAAUGUAAAGUCAACAUGACUUGUGCACUUGGACAUUGUGGUUGCCUUACAGGGUAUUAUUACCAGAAUAUUGAACAACAGUGUUACCCUGCCUUCAAACGUGGACAACAGUGUGAUCCUUCAAUUCAAGACAUGUGUGUGUCGCGUGAUCUUGUCUGCAGACGUGACACACUUUACAGUUACACUUGUCAACAGAGUUUUGAUGGCCAGAUUACUGUGGUACCGAACGUUAAAUCGGAAGCAGAUACUAACACAACACUUAUAGCAUUGAUUGUAGUCUCUGUCUUCGGUUGGGCUGUUGCUAUAGCAACUGGGGUCUGUGUGAUUGUCUUAUGUAGGAGAAUUCGAAACACAUCUACAGCCAAUGGGUGUGAUAAUCAACUCAAGAAAAACACUGGAACUAAAAAGAAUGAUUACAGAACGUUCCCUCCUAAAGCUGACCAAGAUCCCUUAGAGUACGUCAACAAAGACGAUCUGGACGCUACAUCUUCAGUUCAUUCUUACUCUAAUCUUCAAAUCACGACCAGUGCACAGCCUGCUUUGUCUGCUAGACCAACAGCCAACAGCAAACCUUUAAUCCCUGUGAAGCCACCAAAGGCGUCAAGGGGUCCAUUUGGUGGCAAGAUACUCUCAACUCCUACGUCCACUUUUACUAAUACAACGUUUGAGCCGGAACCAGUACAAGAGGAGGAGGAUGUCUAUGAAGAACUACGUGUACCUGAGAUGCUGUAUCGCAACGAGGGUACCGUGAAGAAGGGAGAUACCAAUAGCAAUAUUUAUCAGAACUGCGGCAUCUCUAGCAUUGAUCAAAACUAGAUUUGUGAUUUAGAUAAAGUUGUAAUACAAGAAAAAAAUGAAUUAAAACUAUGUACGCUGUAAAGAUACAUUGCUAAUAAUUUAUUGACGAUCUUUUGCUAUUUAUUAAGUAAAUGACCUAAAACUUUAAUAUUUAUGCAUGACGCGAAAGUUUUCAUGGGGGGGGGGGGUGUAUUGAACAAGUGAUAAGUGAGUCUCAGUUUUUUUAAAUAAAGCAGAUUUUGGGAGAAUUUAUUUUGCUCUACCCAAUCAGCUGCUUGGACUCCUUACUCUUUAUUACAGCAACAAGCUUUAUUUUCAAGAGAUUGUUCUCUCCUUUAGAUGUAAAUAGAAUUUGUUACACUUAUUGACAGUUCUGUUCACAAAAUUGUUUAUAAUUCGGUGAUUGUGUAUAUACCUGAUGUUUUAUUGUAAAAGUAUGUAAAUGUUUUUGUUGAAUGCAUUGCAAUUAUAAAGCUCCAAAUAAACACCUCGUAUAAAUGCGA